AUGGAUGAUCACUUCUACAGCGCGCCUAUAGGCUCAACCACCGCCAACGGCUCAGGCGGAGGCGGCGCCAACAACGCCGACAUCUACCAACCCGCCAUCACCAACAACCAGCAUGGACAGCAGUUGGCUAGUUUGCUGCGAGGCAAGUUCGGAGACUUUGAUGGCUUCAACUACAGUACGGGUCUGGAUAUCUCACGUUCCAGCUCCGCGCCUCCUAACCAGCACCACCAGACCAACUCGUCUCGAUUCAGCAACUUUGGUCCAGGAUACGACUCGCCCUUGUCGCCCGCAGAUCUCACACGCUCCGAGUCCACAGACUACCUCGGUGCCAACAACAACAACAACUACAACGACAACAACAGCAGCACUACCGUCAACAAUCACGGCGCAGCUUUUAUGACGUCGCCGCGCCAGGAUUCUCGUUCUGCACUGCUACAGCCACAGUCGUCGUCGUCAGUCUACUCACCUGGACCAUCGUGGCAAUUGUGGUCGUCGACCACCUCUAUCUCAGGACAAGCAGGCGGAUCAGACGAUGCUGGAAAGAACUUGAGCACUACUGCAGCUGUGCCUGGACUGACCAACUUCUCCUGUCAUAUAGGAUCGACGGAUUACCUGGGUUCAAUGACAUCAACAGCCGACCCCGCCUUUCUUUGGCGCCAAGAGAUGCAGUCGCCGGAAAUAUCCAGGUCGGAGACCCAAUCGCCCAGACUUGCCCAGCUCAAAGGACUUGGCGGCGAAAGUAGCAGCAACAACAACAGCAGUAGCAACUUGCAGCGGAACACUUCUUCCAUGCCUGCCUCGCCCAUGUUUGGGAGCCAUUCUGAUCAUCUUAGCCAUAUCUGGGCUCCAUCGGUUUCCUCGCCUUCGCAGGACUUUCCUCGGUCACCUUCCCCUCUUUUCAACCUGCCAUCGCAUUCACAGCCACAUCAAGCCCACAGCAGCCCUCUCUAUCAGUCGUUGACGCCCAGCCAAAACAUUCGUUCACCCUUGUCGACCCCUUCAACUCUUCGACAUGACAUUUCCGAGUCUCUCGGCAUAGACGAGCCUCUGCGGUCCGCUCCUGUAGGCUCGCAAAACGAUUUGGAUUAUGGACUGGCGUCGGAUGAUAUGGACGACAGAUCUUCUCAGUUGAAAUCUGUCCUUAACGCUGCGCUCGAUGCUGGGGAGGACGAAAGAAUUCCCACCGCGGUCAAUGCCCGCUCGCCCUUGUUCCAAACCAAAUUUGCGCCUCCUCAGAGGUCCUCCUCCACGCCACCCAUCUCUGGGCCAGGUUUCCCACACAGCCGAAACCCCCCAGGAUUCUCUGCCGAUAGUGCUUUCGAUGCAGCCCAGUCAGACAUGGAUUUUGGCAUGCGCCACUUGCAGCUCGGAAACUCCGAUGACGACUUGGCGCUUCAACAGGCAAAUUUGAGGAGGCAGCAGUUCCACCUGAACCAACAGCAACUGAAAUUGCAGCAGAUCCAGCUUCAGCAGCAACGUCAGCAGCAGCAGCAGUUCCAGCAGUUACACCACCCUCUCCAUGGAUCUCAUACACCUGUUACAGCCUACUCGCCUUACUUUGACAGCCAGAACGUGCUCAAGGAUCCCCGUAUGACGAACACUCAAUUCGGAUAUGACUACUUGCCUUCAUCUGGUUUGCAGGACACUUCAUCCAGCCGUGAUCUUCUGACUGCUUCCCAAAAAGAUCUUCAUUCGAUGCUUGCAGGACACGACGAGGCAUCUUUGGGAUUCCGUGCCAAUGAUUUGGCCUAUGAUCCACGCAGGAUGCAUCAUCCGGCUCCAAGCUUGUCGCCUGAGUACCGCAAGGCGCAAUUGUUGCAAUUGCAUCAACAGCAACAACAGCAUGGUUUCUACUCGCCCAACGGGGUUUCCAUGGAUUCAUUGGGGUCGCCCUCUGCAAUGGAUUAUCCUGGAAACGGUCUAAGAGCGUCAGAGUUGAAUCAUGCCGACGCGCGUGCAACUGCUGCCGCCAGAGCCAUCCAUGCUGCCGCGGAGAAGAAGCUCCGUCUUCAGUCACAGCAAAUUCUUAUGCAGCAACAGCAGCUCAUGUUGAUGAGACAGCAGCAACAGCAGCAGUUACAACAGCAACAUCAACACCAGCACCAGCACCAACAACAGCAACAACAACAACAGCAUCAACACGGUCAGCAGCCUCAUUCUCACGGUCACAAACAGACGAGAACACGCUCCAAAAACAAUAACAAUCACAACCAGCACUCUCAGGUGUCCUCUCCUAAGCAUCAUCAUGCCUCGCAGCACAAGAAUGGGGGCGAUCAUGCCAAGUCUGGUACCGAUUCCGAUCACAACAACGGUGGACCUGGCGUGUCGUCAAGGAGCCACCAAGGCGACGAUACCAAGGACAGCGAGAACGACCCCGGUCAUGGUCUCCGCAGCCCCUUGCUCGAAGAGUUCAGAAGCAACAAGAGCAACAAGAAAUACGAACUCAAGGACAUUGCAGGAAGCGUGGUCGAGUUCAGCGGAGACCAACAUGGAUCUCGAUUCAUUCAGCAAAAGCUUGAGACGGCUACAGAGGAGGAGAAAGCUAUGGUCUUUGAUGAGAUUUUGCCCCAUGCUCUGCAGCUGAUGACCGAUGUCUUUGGUAACUAUGUUAUCCAAAAAUUCUUUGAACACGGCGCCCAGGAGCACAAGAGCGUUCUCGCCAAGCAGAUGGACGGCCACAUUCUUUCUUUGGCUCUCCAGAUGUACGGAUGCCGUGUUGUCCAGAAGGGUCUCGAGCAUGUGUUGAGCGACCAGCAGGCGGUCUUGGUCAAAGAGUUGGAGGGCCAUGUUCUGAAGUGCGUCAAGGACCAGAACGGAAACCACGUGAUUCAGAAAGCCAUCGAGUGCGUCCCUGCCGAGCACAUCCAGUUCAUCAUGAACGCCUUUACUGGCCAGGUUUAUACUUUGGCUACCCAUCCAUAUGGAUGUCGUGUCAUCCAGCGCAUGUUUGAGCACUGCGCCGACACCAAGACUCCUUUGAUGGAUGAGCUCCACAGAUACAUUCCCAACUUGGUUCAGGACCAGUACGGAAACUAUGUGAUCCAACACAUUCUCGAGCGCGGAAACCCCACGGAAAAGUCGCUUGUUGUGUCCAAAGUCAUGGGUCAGGUCCUCCAGCUGAGCAAACACAAGUUUGCCAGCAACGUAGUCGAGAAGUGCGUUGCCUACGGAUCUCCUUCGGAUCGUCAGAAGCUGAUUGAGGAAGUCAUUAUCACCAAGCCUGACGGAACCUCUCCCUUGGUGUUGAUGAUGAAGGACCAGUUUGCCAACUAUGUCGUCCAAAAGAUGCUGGAUGUUGUUGACGGCGAGCAACGUGAUGUCCUCGUUGCCAAGAUCAAGCCUCACCUGCAGUCCCUGAAGAAAUACACCUACGGCAAGCAUCUCAUCACCAAAGUGGAGAAGCUGAUGGCACUUCAGGAGCCCCGGUCCGCUCUGGACGGGUUUAUCGCAUCGCCUGCAUUGUCGAUCCGCACCCUGACCCCCACGCCCAAUUCGCCUAUUGUGGCUAAUGCUUCGGCGACGCCAGCCUAA